AUGACUCGAAUUGGCUGGUAUGGCCUCGGCUCAAUGGGCCUCGCGAUGGCCACCAACCUCCAAAAACACCUGGCAACCAAGAGCCCUGCAAAGAGCCUCCUCUAUUCCAAUCGGACCAUGCCCCGCGGCGAUAUUCUCAAAGCACUCGGCGCCACGGCCGAGACGAACUUCUCCAAGCUCGUCGCGCAAUGCGGCAUCAUCUUUACCAUGGUCUCCAACGACGCCGUGCUGCAAAGCCUAGUCUCAAGCGUCACAGAGGACCCAAGCCAGUCCCUCAAGGACAAGAUCUUCGUCGAUUGCUCGACCGUCCACCCGCAGACGGUGGGCCUCACAGUCGCAAGGCUAAAAGAGAAGCAGGCCGAUUUCCUAGCGGCCCCUGUCUUCGGUGGGAACCCGAUUGCCGUGGACGGAAAGCUUGUCUUUGCCAUCGCAGGGCCGAAACGGGCCUCUGACGUUGUCAAGCCGCUGAUUCAGGACGUCAUGGGUCGCAAGGUGAUUGACUGUGGUGAGGACGCGACCAAGUCUUCUAUGCUGAAGAUUGCGGGAAAUAUCAUAACCGUCAACCUCAUGGAAGCCGUCGGUGAAGCCCAGGUCUUUGCGGAACGUACUGGUCUCGGGACGGCUGCUAUGGAGGAACUCAUUGGGGAAGCUUUUGGACCUGUUGCGGGGGGUUAUUCGAAGCGUCUGACCACCGGGGCCUACGCACCGCCUUUCGACACCCGUCCUGGGUUUGGCGUCUCAUUGGCCAUCAAGGAUGCAAAGCAUGCAUUUGACAUUGCCAAGGAGAACGAUGUUCAUCUGCCUGGCUUGCAGGUUGCUACAGAGAACAUGGUUGCUGCUCGAGAGUACGCUGGCGAAUGUCUCGACAGUAGUUCUAUGUAUGGCGUCUUGCGGCAAAAGGCAGGUAUGGAGUUUUGGAAUGAAAAGAGUCGUAAGGAAUGA